GCUAACUUACUCAUGGAAAAAAUCUGUAAACUUCAGUGCCAAAUCCCCUUUGCCUCAACGGAUUGAAAAUUAGUCGGUUUAGUGGUUGACAAUCGCUGCUUUAGGUUACAUAACCAUGUUUGAAAGUAACACAAAAAAAAUCCAUUGCGCAUCUGGAUGCAUCAAAACAGGAGGACAAAUGUUACACAAAGGAGCUGAAUGUAUCUGCCCUCUCAUACACGCUCGUUCUCUCUUCACAUUUGGCUGAUGCAUCAAUUGUGUUGCAUGUACUUUUGUUGGAGUAUUCUAACCAGAAUGACUGYUCUCCCUAAAUCAUGAGCGGGUGAAAACUGUUCAUCUUUGCCACUACUACGCCUUCCGAGAGGUAACGUUAUCAUUAUGAAAAACAGUCAUUACAAUGUAAUAACCUCGGGAACCUAAAUCAGGAGCGGGUGGAAACUGCUCAUCUUUGCCACUACGCCUUCGGAGAGAACUCUCCGCUCUUCCACUACCUGCAUGAUCUAGGACACACAGACUUUGAGGCAUGUCCCACAGUGUCUCAGGAGGACGAGUGUGGAGGAGGAGAGGGGACGACAACCUCCCUCCAGGACAGCUUGUCCAAACCCACAGGAGGACGUCUAUGGAGAUUGGCUGAUGCCUUGUGGAGGCGGAGCCCGUUCCACCAGGCUGCCUCUGCCCAUAUGCUGGAGCAGCAGCUGGACUGUGUGUUUGGCCAGUACGCUGUGCAGUGUAUCCUGGACCAGGAUGUGUUGCUCCAGGAGGAUGUGGAGCUGAUCGAGCUGUUAGACCCCAGCCUGCUCACCCUGGGCGCUUCGCCCUCUGGCGCACCCAGAAGAGACAACUCCCUGCCCUGCCCACGCCUCCUCGCCUCACCCUCGCAGUGGGACGUAGCAGUGCUGGUGGGCCUGGCUGCAGUGUUACUAGGCCUGUCCUCUCUCUCUGCCGGGGCCUGGUCUCUGGCUGUGAUCCCGUGGUGUGCUGCAGUCAUGGGCUGGGUGGGGUUGCGAGGAGCGGGGCUGUGGAGACAGGGGAGGAUGCAGAGGGCAGCACACGCCCAGGCCUCCGAGCUGCAGACCAUGGCGCUGAACAGUAAGGCUCUGACCAGCCUGGCCCGCAAGUCCCUGAGACUACUACAGGAGACAGAGGUCAUCUCUCGAGGGUUCACCCUUCUGCUCGACAGGGUGAGUGCGGCCAGCUCCUUUAGUAGGGCGGGGCUGGGGGUGGGGCCACGGGGGCAGCAGCUGAUUGGCCUGCGGAAGGCGGUGUACCGGGCGCUCCGCUCGGCCUUCAGAGCCUCCCGCCGAGCCACCUGCCACAUGCUCAAAGCGUACCCCCUGAACUCUGAGAUCGACAAUGUGACCAACUACGUGUCUGCGGUGCCUCUGAAGGAGCUGGGGAUGGGCCUGGGGACAGAGCACCUGACUGACGAGGAGGCACAGGAGCUCACCGAUGACUACAGCCUCCCUGCCCUCAAGGUGCUGUUCCAGUUGUGGGUGGGGCAGAGCUCAGAAUGUUUCCGCCGAUUGGCCCUGCURCUGUCACCACGACGACUGGAGGAGCCCAGGGAAGACUGGGUUAAAGGUGAAACUCCUCCUCCGCCCAUACACCGCUCUGUUGCCACGGUGACACAGCCUYUCCACGGUGCCCUGGCCRGUUGCCUAGGCGACCUGCAGCGUAGCUACGAGUUCCACCGGUACUUUGAGACGCAGCACCGGACGCAGGGCUCGGACAGGGUGGGGCGCGCUCAACAGAAAUGCAGAGAGCUCAACACACUGCACACGUCUGUACGCAGCCUGCAGCUGCAUCUCAGGGCCCUGCUCACCGAGAUGAUUAUCCUGGAGGAUGACCUGGAGAAGCUGAUGGUGAGUAAGGAGGCGGUGGAGGUGACUGYGGAGGGCUACCAGGACCUCCAGGAGCGUCUCGGCCACCUCCAGCCCCACAUGCAGGCCAGCGCCGGAUGCUGGGAGGACACCGUGGGCCAAGUGGAGCGCAUGCUGAGGAGAGCUAACACCUGCCCAGGAACUCCUGAUGGUCCAAAGCAGUGUCUCCCUCCUGUGCCAUGCACCCCUGCCCCAACCUACACCCUCAUCCUGGACAGGGACCCCGUGCCUGAGGAGCAGGAGCUGGAAGCGUACGUGUCGGACUCUGAGGAUGAGAACGGGUGUGCGGGGUCGGUGGUUGACAUGCUGUCUCCCGAGGAACAAGCGCGCCACCGGCGGGAGAGGGAGGAGUCUCGGCGCGUCCUAUCGGAGCUCAAAGCCGUGCUGGGCCAGCGGGCGUCCGAGGGCGAGAGGAGGAAGUGGAAACAGCUGCUCUUCAACGACCAAGCGGCGGUGAUGCCUAUAGUUUCCGCGGAAACUUCUAUAGAAUCUCAGACGCCCUCCGACCCAUUGGACACUCUGACCCUUGUGGGCGUGGCCAAACCAGGUGUUGUUGAGGGAAACAACCUAUCGGAAAGGCUGAACGACGAGGAGGAAGACUGGGUCAGGGACGAGCGCCCCCUCACAGAGGCAGAGGAAAAAGCACUUAAAGAGUUCUGCUGUGGUGAGGCGGAGGAAAAGGGGGAGGAGGGUGAAGGUUCAGUCCCGGGCGGGGCGCAGCUCUACCAAUAUGACGGGCUGCCUGACCAGGGGGCAGGACUAAACGGGCCCGACCUUCUAUUGCAGCCCCGGAUCCCCGCCAUCACGGUGAUGGAGAGGCUGACGGAACUACACGGCUCGGCGGCGCUCAGCUUUAAUUCCGCCCUCGCCGCCCAGGUGGCGGCACGUUCGCACACUUUCGCCAACAUGGAGGAGCAGACGUUUGGAGACAGCGGAGAAGAGGAUGAGGGAGAGACGCGUUCUCAGUCUGAUGGACAGACAUGUGAGAAGAACUAGAGUCUAAACCCUCCUGCUUUACGGAGCUUURAACAGAACAGUUAUGCACAGACAGCCAGGGUUCCUUUAUUUAUGUCUGAACCCACUCCUGGGUUAUUUACUGCGGCUGUCCGUUUCCUUGGAUCCAUGGCUCUCUGUCAUGUCUUCAUCUGUGUGUGUGUAUGUGUGUGUGCGUGCAUGAUUGGGUGAGAGAGCAUUGUGUGUAUGUGACGUCUUAGUGAGUUUUAAGAAGAGCACUACACCACUUUCUGUUACACUCCUCCACCCAUGUGUCCAUACUUUACCCACAAUCCCCCUGUGGCCGCUCUCCUGUCCUACUCAGGUACCAGAACCACAAGACAAACUCUGACCUCACCGUCACAAGGUCUUCAGUUUAACCCUAAGGAUCCCCUGUAGCUAUUGGAGGCAGAGAGACUUGGUUAUAGCAUCAAUUCCAUUUUCUCUAACUAUUGACCAGUACCUUUCCGUGGUAUGUCAACAUUGCCUAACAGUUUAGCAUAUUGAUGUCUGGGUCAAAAAGCCUGAUUUUAGCUAAAUGAUUAUUAUAAUUUUGACCACAUCACUCCCUAUAUGACUCCUGUAUUGACAGGCAGAGUCUGAUGUGUGGUUGCUCUGUUGAACGUGUGCACGGCAGCCCAGGGCAGAAUGCUCAGGUACUGAAUCACUGACCGAGGGCUGAAUGUAAGAUGUU